UCCUAAUAAAAUGUUGUUUAAUUAAGUGGGUGUUUACUAUAGGACAAGGGAAUUAUACAAGUUCGGAAAAUAUGCACAAAGGAAGGCGUAAUUGUUUUAUUGAAAUAAAUUAGUUAUCAUCUUCGAAGUUUAAGUGCUAUUAGUGAAAAGACUAAAUGGAUAGUGCUACAAUUAUAAUUUCGAGUUAAAUCUGCGUAUCACCUUACGGAUUUCACUUUUCAUCGAAAUUGGCUAUAGAAACUUUCGCGAUGGAGGGAAUUACUUCAUCGCCUGAAGAUAACACGUACUCCGAGGAGGAAGAGGAACUGAAAAGACGCAGACCCAAUCAGGAAAACAAUGCAAAUCCUCAAGGGUAUUCGAACCAAGCGAAUUCUUUUUCUGAACUCAAUCAACUGGAAGAGAAAAUGCGCCGUAAACUGCAAUUUUUCUUUAUGAAUCCGAUCGAAAAAUGGAAAGCUAAGCGGAAAUUUCCAUACAAAUUUGUUGUGCAAGUAAUUAAGAUCAUUCUGGUUACUUUUCAAUUAUGUCUCUUUGCCCACAACAGAUAUAAUCAUGUUAAUUACACUUGGGACAACAGAAUUAGUUUCUCCCACUUGUUUCUACUUGGCUGGGAUUCUACUAGGGAAAUUGACGCCUACCCACCAGGUGCAGGACCUCUAGCAAUAUACAAAAUAGAUGACUUCUAUAGUACUUUGGAUUUUGCCUGUGCAGGAUAUAGUAAUCUCUCAAAUGCAAUUGGCCCGUACUCAUACAAUGAUGAAAACAAUAUUCCACCAGACCCAGUUUUCUGUCAGUACAAUUAUAAACAGGGAAUCAUCAAUGGUUUCAAUGAAAGCUACGAAUUCAACUCUGAAAUUGUGGAAACAUGUAUUAAUUUCACAUUGAAAAGAAACAACCAGUUCCAGUCUCGACAAUUUUUAAAAGAUUCAAGUUUAGAUGUCAAUUUUGCAUCCUUAGUAAGAGCUAAACUUAUGUUUUCAAUAAAAACUAUUAACUUUAGAGCUGCGGGCCCUAUCACACCUCCUGAUUGCUACAAAUUUGAUGUGGAAGUUAUAUUUGACAAUGAAGACCAUGAUGGUCAGAUGUCUUUGUCGUUACAAGCGGAACCAACCAAAUUGACUUGUAAAGGAGAUCAAAGUUAUAUUACUGACAACAAAAUUGACCAAAUAUUGAGAAGCAUAAUGAAUAUUCUUGUAAUUUUGAUUUGUUCAGUAUCUUUUGUGCUAUGCAGUAGAGCUAUUUACAGAGCACAACUUUUGAAAGAACUGACUGUACAUUUUUUCCAAAGGGCUUAUAAUAAACAUCUAAGUUUAGAAGGUCGAUUGGAAUUCUUAAAUAUUUGGUACAUUAUGAUCAUAAUCAAUGACAUUCUUAUCAUCAUGGGAUCUGCUAUAAAAGAGCAAAUUGAGCGCAAUCAAUUUAUAAAUGAUCAAUGGAAUAUCUGUUCAUUAUUUCUUGGAUUGGGCAAUCUUUUAGUCUGGUUUGGAGUGCUAAGAUACCUAGGUUUCUUUAAAACUUAUAAUGUAGUUAUUCUUACAUUAAAGAAGGCAGCUCCUAAAAUAUUUAGAUUCUGUGUAUGUGCACUGCUAAUAUAUGCAGGAUUUAUGUUUUGUGGAUGGCUUAUACUAGGGCCAUACCAUAUGAAAUUUCGAUCUCUUGCCACAACGUCCGAAUGUUUGUUUUCAUUAAUUAAUGGAGAUGAUAUGUUUGCCACAUUUUCGAUAAUGCCUAAAAAGUCACCGAUGCUGUGGUGGUUCAGUCGAGUAUAUCUUUAUUCAUUUAUUAGUUUAUACAUUUAUGUUGUACUUAGCCUGUUUAUUUCUGUGAUCAUGGAUGCUUAUGACACUAUCAAGCAAUAUUAUAAAGAUGGGUUUCCAAAGAGCGAUUUGCAGCAAUUCAUUGGUGAGGCAAGUGUAGAUGAAGUCUCAUCUGGAUUGUACAGGACCCAGAGCUCGACAUCUCUUAAUGCAAUAAUGAAUUCUCUUUUCUGUUGUAACUUCUAUCGUAGUGCGUAUUCUAAAAUUGGAGGUCGUAGCUCACAGCAAAACCUACUAUAACACUUUAUUGAUGUUUAAUAAUUUUAAAGUUAUAGUAGUUGUAAAUAUUUUUAGAUCAUUUGUUGUAUCUAAUAAGUACAUACUUGGUUAUCAUUAAUUAGGAGUGUAUCAAUUUAUCUGUAAAUGUCGUAAAACAUUCGUACUUCUAGAAUCUAUUAGUCUAAAUUUGUAACUUUCCAUGAUCCAAAGAUUAAAAUUGCUCAGUCGUCGUUUACUUGCUUCUAUAUCAAUUCGAUAAAGACAUUACUACCUUGUCUAUUUUCCUCAAGGAUAAUAUUAAUUUACCUACACAAUGUUGCGUAUUAUUGUGAUUAAGACGAGUUUACUAAAUAGAUUUUAUUUUCCUCAAGGAUAAUGUCGAUUUACCUACACAAUUUUACGUAAUAUACAACCCUAAAGUUUAAUAUAUUUCACACUAAACGUGUUGUUUUAUAUUUGUUUUACGUACUUGAAUUAAGUACACACUGUACUGUAACUGAGACGUUGAUUCGUCAUUAAUCAUAUGAUAUCUAACACGAGGUCAUCUGUUUUACAACAAUAUUUACUUACAGAGAAAACUUGCUUUUCAUGAUAAGUAAUUAACUUACAAAGCAAAAGAAGCUUUAUUUCUUUAUUACAAAGCCAAAGUCAAAGUCGAUGGUACAAGAGAUUCCAUAACGUUUUGGCAUGAUUUCAACUUCAUUGAUUUUAUUGAACAAUGCUCACUGAGGCUCACUGUAUAAUAAGUUUUGGAAAGUAUUUAUUUUUGUUUAUAUUCUAUACUUUCAUAACUUUCUAUGAAGCUGUAUUAUACACUUGAAGGUACAUUAAGUGGGUGUUAGUGAAACCCACCAUGUUACCAUAAGUAGCGUAUAUACUUAUUCUAUAUUUUUUUAAAUUAUUAAGUAGUACUUAUGAACCGUAUCUACAAUAAUCUGCAAGUAUCUAUUGUUCUAUUUUGUUUACUACGUAGUUCGGUUUUGCUGUACAUCUACCCAUGUAGAUAAUUUGCCAUAUAUUAUACCUACGUAAUUUAAUCUCUGCAUGUGCAUGUAACUAUGGUACUUAAUUACAAAUACUUUAAUAGUAGAAAUAUUCAAUACAUAGGGCUCUUUGAAUAUGAUUUUAAUAUAUAUAAAUGUCUAAUAAAAUUGUUUUAAUAUCAUAAUCAAUCUUAAUCUGUAACCACUGAUCAAACAUCUCAUCUUCAUCUUGAUAGAUUGUUCUACAACCCGUUUACAAAUUUGAAGUGUUUAUGUUGUACCUGCACAUAUAUUGAAUGUUAGAAAAUGAACAAAUAUAAAAUGAAAUAAAAAUAUGUCACAUAUCAAUACAUUUAUUUUCCUUAUUAUCUAUUUAAAACGAACGCAACUAACAACAUUUAUUUACAACCAAAAAUGCUUGCGACCUGUUAUUAAACACUAUUUUUACAUUAAAACAGAAAUAAAAAAUAUAUAAUUAAAAU